UGAAACCAAAACAACCACAGCCAGAGAUCCGCAUCGGAGAUUAUAUAUAACAACCCGUGUAAGGAGAAAAGAAAGAAAAGGUCAAUACAAUGCAGUACAUUGCACUGCGAGAUCUCGAAGAAUUACUCUAUCAAUAAAUGAGUCUGGUGAAUGACAAAUAGUGUCAAAUGCUCAGUUGACUGAAGCCGUACGAUUUAGCAGAUAGAAUAUCGCAAGUUCGACGUGAUGUCUAUGUCAAAUGGCAAUGGCAAUGCAUUUACGGUGUACAUAUACGCGAACGAAUUCGAGUACUUGAAAUGGCUUGUGUUACAGAAAAGUUUUCUCGAAACGGGAGGCGACUUGUUUGGUGUUUGGCAGAGCGAGUCUUGUGUUGUCGUACAACUUGUACUCGGCCCUGGUGCGAAGUGUCGACGCACUACCACGUCCUUCUUCCAAGAUAUCGACUAUUUAGGAAAUGUCGGGCAUUAUUUGACAUCAAAUGAAGGCAUAUGUAACAUAGGUGAAUGGCAUUCUCAUCACCGCCUUGGUCUGGCCUAUCCAAGCGAUGGGGAUCAAAGAACUGUCUGGGAGCAUAUGCCCACAGUCAGUGGCGGACGAUUUCUGGUUUUUAUCGCAAAUAUCGAAAGUUUUGGGGACGCGAAAGUCGGUUGUUUCAUGUUCAAUACCAGCACAAGAAAGAUGACUCAAGGUAAAUUUGAAUUUCUCAUGAACUGCAGUCCAAUUCGUCAUACCUUUGCGCGAAAGGAACAAUUCAAACACGAGGCAGAACCGCGUCAAAAUUGGGAGACGUUUUUCGCGUCGAAACUGAGAAAGGUUCAACGUGGACGUGGGAAUAAAGUGGGUGAUGGCGACCUUGAAUCACUGACAACGGGUGAUUUUUGCGUGUGCGAUGUCAAAGAUAGGCAUCAUGAGAGUUGCUGUGAAGGUUGUCAAUGCUGUGAUUGCCUCCCGUGUUGUGAUUGUGAUUGCGCGACAAGCAUAUGCGGAUGUUUCAGAGCCACUUUUUCAAUCUUUUGUCGCAUUGUUGCUAACUUAGGGAGAACGCUUAUUGGAUGUCUGACUUCUCUUUAUCGAAAAAUACGUCCGGACGGUCGGCGAACGUCGUAUGAAGAUUAAGGAAGCCACAGUUUACCAUCAUCGACAUUAUAUAACUUUUAAACUUAUUUGUAUACUAGUUAAAUCUCAUUCUAAAUUUGAAAAACUGACUGCAAUAAAGGGUAAAUUGAUACAAUAAAAAGAUUAACAAAUAUUAGUGUAUUGCCAACAAUGAAAUUGAAUGAACAU